AAGCCAUUAAACCGACUUGAAGAAGGCUCAAAUAGAACCGACCGAACCCAACAGCCAAACACUCCUCUGGUCCCAUCCAAACCGAAAAAACAAAGGAGCAAAUGGCAACAGCAGUAGGAUCCAUGAAUGUGGAUGUGUUAUCUAGAAGAGUAAGAGUAAGAGCUGCUUCAGUGGACACUCAACAAAGACUCCCUUACAAUCCCAAUGCUCCGAGAAACCCGUUCAAAAACCUCAAUCCUAAACCCAACAAUUUUGUUCCCACAAGUACUGCUCCUGCUCCCUCCUCAACUGUCACUUUAACUGCUCAGACAGUUUCUGGGCUUCUCAAACGCAAGACUGUUAUUGUUCAAGAACAAUUGGGUGAUUCAUAUCUGGGAUAUGAGAGGUGGCUGCCGAGUCCGCCCAAAGUGGAGAAGCCUCGAUCAGUGUUUAAUGCUGCGACUUUGGCAUAUAUUGGUGAUAGUAUAUUCGAGCUAUAUGCUCGUAGGCACUUUUUGUUUCCUCCAUUGAGUAUUGAGGAACAUAAUGACCGUGUGAUGGCAGUUGUACGCUGUGAAGCACAGGACGCAUUGCUCCAGAAGCUUCUUAAUGAUAAUUACCUAUCAGAGGAAGAAAGGCUUAUUCUUCGUUGGGGAAAGAAUGUAGGUUCGACUAAAACACGGACAAAAAGACGUGUUGGGGUAGCAGUUUACAACCGAGCAUCUUCACUGGAAACAUUAGUCGGUUUUCUCUACCUGACAAAUGUAAGUCGUUUGGAAGAAGUCAUGCUGAAGUUGGGAUUCUCAACUGAUUCUUCUACACAAAUGAUUCCGGAGGAAGAAAAUAGUAAGUCAACUAUCUAGAGUGCACCUUUCUUGUUUGUAAAAUUGAAUUUAUAUCGAGCACCUUGCCUCUAUACAUUUGUAUUAAAACUUGUGCCAUGAUGGCAUGAUAAACAUGAAAUGGGGAUCUUUUGGCUCUUCUUUGCA